AUGUCUUUUACGAGGAAAAGUAUUUUUGCAUGCGCACCAGCCACCACCCGUGGUGAGGCCAUUCAGUUGGGCUCUGAUUCAAAAGGAGAAAACUUUCUGUAUGCGAAUGGAAAAACUGUCAUUAUUCGUAAUUUAGCUAAUCCAACUAUAGCGACUGAAUAUACAGGGCAUUCUGCGCAUGCUACAGUGGCACGUUAUUCUCCAAGUGGAUAUUACGUAGCUUCUGGCGAUAUACACGGCAAUGUUCGUAUAUGGGAUGUCACUCAAGAAGAAAAUAUUCUAAAGAAUGAGGUUAAAGUUAUUUCUGGAAAAAUCAGUGAUAUUGCUUGGGAUUCUGAGAGUAAAAGAUUGAUUGCUGUUGGUAGUGGUAAAGAACGAUAUGGUCGUGCAUUUUUGUAUGAUACUGGAUCUUCUGUCGGAGAAAUAAGUGGUCAUACCAAACCCAUUAACAGUGUCAGUAUUCGCCAACUACGCCCAUUCCGUGCUGCAACAGCAUCUGAUGACUUUUCUGUUAUAUUCUUACAUGGGGUACCGUAUAAACAUAACUUAACCAUAAGGGAUCACACAGCAUUUGUUCAGGGUGUAAAAUUUUCUCCUGAUGGUGAAAGACUGGUGUCAGUAGGGUCAGAUAAAAAGGUGUUUUUAUACGAUGGGAAAACUGGUAGCAAAAUACUGUGUCUUUCAGAUAUCGUUGCAAAUGAUUCUCACAAAGGUACUAUUUUUGCCGUCUCUUGGUCACCUGAUAGUAAACAACUUCUCACCUCGUCUGGUGAUAAGACCGCAAAAAUCUGGGAUAUUGAGUCCCAAAAAGUCGUACAGACCUUCUGCUUUUCUGAUACCAUCGAUGAUCAGCAAGUUGGUAAUCUUUGGCAAGGCGAAUAUAUCAUUAGCUUGUCACUAUCUGGGGACAUCAACUAUCUUGAUCCAAAAUCACCUUCACCUGUAAAGGUGGUUAAAGGUCACCAAAAAGCAAUAACUGCAUUCACGCGAAGCGAAGAUUCUACAUUAUUUACGGGAAGUUAUGAUGGACGUAGUGCCACUGUAGUGGGUGGCAAUAGCCAUACCAACUCAGUUACUCAGUUAGCUUCUCAAGGGAAUAAAGUAGUUUCUGUCGGCAUGGAUGAUACUGUUAGAAUGAUUGAUGUUGAUGUAAAAUCAUUCAGUACAUCUGUCGUUCCAACCGGUGCUUUACCGAAAGGUGUCGCAGUUACUGAAAAUAAGAUAAUAAUUGCCACUAUAAAUGAUAUACAACUUAUCAGUAAUGAUAAGUGCAUAUCCAAUAUUAAAGUAUCAUCCCCUCCUGGUGCCAUUGCUAUCAAUCCUACAUCCACAGAAAUUGCUGUCGGUUGCGAAGAUCAAAAAGUCCGAAUAUAUAAGUUGAAUGAGGAUAAACUUGAAGAGCAAGGGGAUAAAUUAUCGUCUGGUAGAGGAGCUAUCACAGCUAUCGCGUAUUCUCCUAAUGGUUCCUUACUUGCUGUUGGAGAUUCUCAAGGAAAAAUUUAUGUAUAUGAUACUGGGAGCAAAGAGGUCAAGAUUUCAGAGUGGUGUUUCCAUACUGCUCGUAUCUAUUCUAUUGCUUGGUCACCAGAUAGUCUUCAUUUAGUCAGUGGAUCUCUGGAUACUAAUAUUUAUGUAUGGAGUGUCGAAAAGCCAUCAAGUCGUAUUGCUAUUAAAGGCGCACAUCAAGUUAGUGUAUCUGGAGUAACAUUUUUAGACAAUAAUACGGUAUCUUCGGUUGGACAAGACGCAUGCUUGAAAACUUGGGCACUUCAACACCCUUGA